GUCGACAUUCUCAUACAAAACGUCGAAGUUGAAUAAUUUGAGCCUAUGGAAAGCGCAGCCGGAUGAUUGCUAACUUCACAUUGAAUCUAGCUCAAUGGGAGUUGGCAGUCGAGGAUGAUGCUACUCGAAGCAGUUGGUAAUGAAGUGACUGUAGUUGGAGGAGUGGUCCUUUUUGGCCUGGCACUGGUAUUGGCCUGGCUCUCCACAUACGUGGCAGACCGCGGCGACCACAUCCUGGGCACCAUCCUCACUACUGCCAACCAUACGUCUUUGGUGAGCCUCGGUAGAAGAGAGGGGUAUAUCGGGGGACCCCCAGUCUCGGACUCCAGUGAACCCCAGCCUGCUUCACCGAUUGUGGAGGACAAACCGGAGGACGAAGAUGAGCACGGCUCCGAGUCUGGGUCCUCGGACGCGGUCUCGCCCGGGGAGGGGGCAGCCGAUGCCAGCAUAGACAGCUUCCUGAAUAUCCAGGGGCUGAGAAAGAGGGCAGCUUCUACCAGUGAGCCCACCGCGCCCAGGCUGGAGGAGGAGGGCAACCAGAACGGCAGCUGUGGGGCAGACAGCGAAGACAGACAGAUCCAAGUGCGCCUCAAAUUCUUAAAUGAUACAGAGGAGGUGGCUGUAGUCAAGCCUGAUGAUACCGUUGGGCUGCUGAAAAGCAAGUACUUUUCGGGACAGGAACAGCAGGUCAAGCUCAUCUAUCAGGGUCAGCUGCUGCAGGACCAGACACGGACACUUCUCUCCCUCAACAUCUCCGAUAACAGUGUAAUCCAUUGUCAUGUGUCACAGGCCAUACAGGAGCCUGUUCCUGACCCUGUGGUGGUAGGAGAGCACAGUGGUAUCGCACUCAAUAUGGGCAACUUAAUGAUCCCUAUGUUUGUGGUCAUGCUGGCAAUAAUCUGGUACUUCCGCAUCAAUUACCGCCAGUUCUUCACCGCACCCGCUACUGUGUCCUUAGUGGGUGUCACCGUCUUCUUCAGCUUCUUAGUGUUUGGGAUGUACAGUCGGUAAAAGGUAAAACAAGCUUGGAUUAGGGAAGCCGUGUGAUUGUUACUGUGAGCUACAGAUGGAUUGUAGCUCAAAGGAGCAACUGACUUUCACAUGUGUAACUGGAUUGGGAUGGGAGGUCUAUCAUGGAGAGGUUUAGCAGGGAUGGUUUUCUGUAUUGUGCAUCUAGAAAACUUCAGGGAUGUAAUUUGAACUUUGUGAAAGGUAAUGAUCGGGCUGUCAGGGGUGUGUUCAAUAAGCACAGUGCUCUGCCUGCUUCGAGGUGGAAGUUGGCUCUCAAGGAGUGAUGUUAGGACAGAGUGCUUUCAAACACUGAUGAAAAUAAAGGAUUGUACGGAAAUCAAGGGUGAUAGUUAACAUUAGUUGCAUGCUUGGCUUGCUACAGAGCACUCUGUAGAUCUCUGCCUUUUGAAUCACUCCCAGAUAACGACUUACUUCUUGCUGGCUCCCAGCGAUAAAGUUUGCAAGAGUAUCAUGAAGUUAAAAUUUUCACAAAUAAUACAUUUUAAAAAAGCUAAUUCAGUGGACUCAGUGUACUGUUAAAAAAGUGUACUGUUUUUAAAAUCGUUUAUGUAUUUUUUUCAGUUUGGCAUCAUAAUAGUUGAUCAAGUAACACAGCAGUUAAAGCCAUACUUAAAAGUGGCCUGAAGAAUUAAGAUAUGAGAUUUAUAUCUCAGCAUCAGACAUCUACAAUAUUGGAUCAAUAAGCUGCUUGCAAGCUAAUUAAGAAGUUGUGAUGUUAUAUACCAACACCUGAAAUAAGUCAAUAUUUGGUUGCUGUGUUUCAGUUGGACAAUGCUGUGAAACACUGUCAUACUGUUGUUGGCUUUAACCACUGUUGUAACAUGAGAAGAGCUAGCAUUGUGUCCUGUUUGAUCUUGGAUAAAGUGACUCCUGUUACAACCAUUCCUCUCUAAAUGAUGGUGUUCUAUACUGUAGGAGUUUGGGUUUUGUGCAUGUCGCAAUAGAAACAGCCCAAAUGGAUGUGUAUAUAUGUAGUGAUAGAAAUAAUUAACUUAAAGAAGGCUUGAAACCAAGAAAAAAUACUCUUGUAUUGCCUUGUAUCGGGCAGCAUUCAUCUCUCUGGGUACUUCACAGGCAUCAACAGAAAAUGAUGUUCACAUCAUCAAAUCUAACCUACUACCUUCACAAUUAUUAAGAAUCUGUUGUCAUUUUUCUUUGCAAAUGUGCACACUAUUAGUACUUUCACUUUUAAAUUAUCAUCCCCCUCCACCUUAAAAUACAUUUAUUUUUAGCUAAGAAGAAAUUUCCCUUUUCCGAUUGGAAAAGGCAGCUCACUACCUCCUUAAAGUAUAGUGUUAUUCUAGCUCAAUGCAAAAGCACAUCUUAGAAAAAAAUGUUUAAAAAUGCAGUAUGCAAUGAGUGAUAGAAUCCAGUGAAGGGGAAGGUUUUUUUUUCUUACGCACAACAAAGGUUUUGGAGCGGGGAAAAAUAAAAAGAUUUUAAAAAAGAUUUUAAAAAUCCAUGCUUCCUCUUAAGACAUUUUCACAUUUACUGUAACAUUCACUCAAACUCAAAACUAAUAUGGCACAAAGCACUCCACAGUGUUAAAUGUCUCUUGUCAUUUAGGUCUUCUGUGUUUGUCAUCUCAGUUACAUCAUUUACCUUAAUUAUUAAAUCCAGUAGUAAAUUAUUAUAUUCUCUUUAGGUUGCCUAUUACUCUUUUCUUCCAUUAAGAUUGCUCUUAGAUUUUUAAAAUGGUUACCAAAAUUAAACAGAGGAUGCACUUCAUUUCCAAAUCUAGAAAGUAUCAAUAAAUAUUUCUGGAAGAAUGUCUUAAAUUUAAUAUUAGAAAUGAGAUUGGGGAAUUGGUUUAGUGUUUUCUUACAAGGUAUAUUAAACUUUGUGAAAUGCUAAUUCAUCUUUAUUUUGAAUGCUUCCUGGCAAUUUUUAGUUAAACUUUUUAGUAGAAACUUUUUAAUGGUAUAGUCAGCAUGAUCUAGAAUAUCUUAAUCGGGAUAUGCAUUUUAGAAAAAAACACCAACAAGAGUAAGUAUUGGCACCCAGUAUCUAGAACAAGCUUUUGCAAAAAUGUAUUAAGUGUGAUAUUUUUCAUAAACUAUAUUUGUCAUUGCUACAGUCCAUUAAUCUCUUUUUCAUCCUGACAUGAAGUAAACUAAUUUAACAUACAAGUUUCAGUACGGAAAAGGUUACAGUAAAGAAAAGUUACAAGGGUUGAGAGGUUGUUUAUAAGGAAUCUUCUGUGAAAUGUAUUCCAGUCAACAUUCUAUACAUAAUAUAAAAACACUUCUCCAGUUUAAGUAACCUGGUGAUCUAUUUUAGCAAAUCAGUUCAAUCAGUUUGUAAAAACUGAAGAAUGCAAUAAGUGCAAUCCUGCCUCUUCACCUAACCACCUUUCUCUUGUUUCAAAGAAACUACAUUAAUGGUAUUUAUAUUUAUCAGUUUGUUUCAGAAAUCUUAUACCUAUGUGUGCAAACUGUUUUUGAGAGUUUCUAGUUUGUCCCUGCACUUGGUUACUUGCAGUUUGUGAUAUACGGCCUGUCAUGAAUAGACUAAGUUUGCAAUAACAUUGGAUAUCUCAAGAUGUAAGACAAGAAUGCUCUUAAACAGCUUGUUGUGGCACUUAGUGACUAUUCUUGUAAAUAAAGCAUGUGCUGUUUUUAAAAAACAAAAUAAAAAAAGCUCUGUUGUCAUCAGUAUGGCAAAUAUGUAGUCAAACUGAAGAGGGACAGGCUCUUGUCCACAAUAAUUUAUGACAAGACUUUGUUUAGUGGGACAUCCAUAAGAGGUAGAUGGUAAUACUAACAGUAGCAUUACAAUAAGAAAUCAAUUGAAUAAGAUGAGGAUCAUCAUUGUUUCUAUAGCUAUAAGUAGUUUUGGAAUUAAAAGAAUAAUUAAUUCCAAAACUUUAAACCGUAAACGUUUAUAAAAUGUUUAAAAUUAAAUAUGAAGCUCAAAGCUACUGUUUAGCAUUAGAUGCAUUUUUUUCAUUCAUAGUGUUCUCAGUCGUUUGAGAGGCUGAUGGUAGCGUUGUGAUUUCUGUAGUCUACUUCAGUGGUUGCCCGCCCUGGUCCUGGGAUGCCAUUCUGGUUUUUGGUUUGUAGUUACGCAUUUCUGUAUUCACUCCUGCAUUUCAGAACCAUCCUGCUUCAGGAGAAUUUUUCAGCUUCAGCUUGCCAAGCUUUAAGCAGCAUCCCCCCAAUUUGCUUGCCCUUAUUUCUGAUUGCAUACCUCCUGAUAGGUAAUGAACAGAUACAGAUGGGACGUACAAUGUAUAAAGCACUUUCCUAAAGAUUGUUUUUUUUUGCAGAGGCUCGGUUGUUUGCAGUUCAUGUGAGGGAGCUUCUAAAACUCGCUAAAUAAUCAACAUAUUAAGAGCUGGAAGAGAUUUUGGAAAUGUGCCCCAAACAGAAUGUUUAAAUCGGGUUACAAUUAAUAAUUCUUCUGAGGCACAAAUUAGAAGAAAAGAGGUGGUUCCUCCAGGACCAGGUUUGGGACACAUUGAGUUUACUGAUGAAUUUAACAUUUUUUCCCACACUGUAAUAUGAUUUGUAGGACAAACAUUUUGUACAAGAGACACCAAAACAAUAAAAAAAGGCUUAUACUGAUUCAUGCCAAUGUAGAGCUGUAAAACUGUGAAAACCAACUGUAAAUGUAUAAACUAGUCUGCAGUAUACACUGAUACAGUAUAUGUACCCUAACCACAAAAGUGCCAAACAAUGUUCCCACAGUGUUAGUGAAGACAUUUCAAAUAAAACAAUUUCAAUUUCAAAUAAAAUCAACAAUUUGUGAACAAUUAUUUGUGCACCUUUCUUAAGAAUUAAGAUUAAGGAUUAGUUGAUUAAUCUUGUGCUUAAACUAUGUAGCAUUCCAGGUUAUUUUGCAAUGAAGACUGAAAUACGGGCCCUCCUUUGUUUAUCAUGUUGCUUUUUAAUAUUCCAUCAUUCCUUAAUACUAAAGGUGCAAAUGAAUGGCAAACAUUUCAGAGUUGCCUGAUAUUUUUCACAGAGGACAGCACUGACAUUGUCUUUUUUCUUUUUCAGAACAUUUUCUUGUAUCUUGUAUCUUUGAAAGGAUGUAAAAUACAGUGAUAAUAAACAGUUAUUUCUAAAAUGUCA